AUGGAGCCACGAAGCAGACACAUCCUGGUCGUCGGAGACCAGAGUGUAGAUCCCACCCCCUUCCUCGUGCAUGCAUUAGUCAAGAAGCCCACGCCGCUGCUGCAGGCCUUCCUGCGCGAUGUCCAGCCCCUCCUGCGUCGGGAAAUUGAGGGCCUGCCACAUGGCACGCGCAGCCUGAUCCCAGCCUUUGCAUCGUUGCAUGAACUCGUGGAACAGUACCAGCGCCAGGGGGUACAUCUUGCCUCGCUGGAUAGUGCCUUGACUUGUCUGGCUCAGUUUACUCAUUUCAUCGGGGUCUGCGAAGAGAACCCCCGUGCAUAUCUCCAGCCGGGGAUCUUGAUUAUCGGGACCUGCACUGGUCUGCUGGCUGCGUCGGCUAUUGCCUCGUCAGACUCGCUGGUCGCAUUGAUUCCGCUGGCCGUCGAGACGGUGCGCUUAGCAUUCCGAUUGGGGGCGACAGCAGCGAGAAAGGCAGAGUCUCUGGAGACGAGUCAGACGCCAUGGACCAGUCUAGUCACUGGGGUGGACUCAGCGACGGUGUCGGUCGCAGUAGAGGAGUUCAACCAGACACAGGGACUGCGAUCGUCGCAUCAAGUCUAUGUGAGUAGCGUAGCCACCAACAGCGUCGCAGUCAGCGGCCCUCCAUCCCUCCGAGCUCGCUUGUUUGAGGCAUCGCCUUUGCUGCAGGGAGUACAUCACCGCACACUUCCCAUCCACGCUCCCUACCAUGCCCCCCAUCUCUUUGCAGCUGAAUACGACAUCCUCGAUGCAGCCUCCAUCGACAUCCUCAACCGUUACCACCAGAUUCACACCGUCUGCGGCCUCAACGCCUCCAGUACACGCUCAACUUCAGCCCUGUUCACCGAGUGCAUCGACCGCAUCCUACGAGAAUGCAUGGACUGGAACCAGCUGGUCACGACCAGUCUGAACUUCCUAGCCCCACUAAAUGCUCCCUCCUAUCGCAUUCUCUCGCUAGGACCCACACCACUGGGCAACGCGCUGGCCUCAGCGCUGAAGCACGAACAGCCCGCCGGUCUCAAACUGACGUUAGAAGACCACGCCUCGUGGCUGGCAGCCAACUCGGUACCGACAUAUCUCAGCAGCAGCCCUGCCGGAUGUAACAUCGCCAUCAUUGGGAUGGCGGGGCGAUUUCCCGAUGCUGCGGACCACGAAGCCUUCUGGGAGCUGCUGGCGCAGGGGCUAGAUGUGCAUCGCAAGGUGCCCCCGGAUCGGUUCGACGUCGACGCACACACCGACCCCAGUGGCAACGGCAAGAACAAAUCCCACACGCCCUACGGCUGCUUCAUCGAGGAGCCCGGCAAGUUCGACCCGCGCUUCUUCAACAUGUCGCCGCGCGAGGCCAAACAGACCGACCCGAUGCAGCGACUGGCCAUCACCACAGCCUACGAGGCCAUGGAGUCGUCGGGGUUCGUGCUCAACCGCACCCCGACCACCCACGCCCACCGCGUGGGCACCUUCUACGGCCAGACCAGCGACGACUGGCGCGAGAUCAACGCCGCCGAGAACAUCGACACCUACUUCAUCACCGGCGGGGUGCGCGCGUUCGGCCCGGGCCGCAUGAACUACCACUUCGGCUUCAGCGGGCCGAGCUUCAGCCUCGACACGGCCUGCUCGAGCAGCUUCGCCGCGAUCCAGCUGGCGUGCACCUCGCUGCGGGCCGGGGACUGCGACACGGUGUUCGCGGGGGGCAUGAACGUGCUGACGAACCCGGACAUCUUCGCGGGGCUGUCGAAGGGCCAGUUCCUGUCGAAGACGGGGUCGUGCAAGACGUACGACAACGCGGCGGACGGCUACUGCCGCGGCGACGGGGUGGUGACCGUGAUCCUGAAGCGGGUCGAGGACGCGCUGCGCGAGAACGACCCCAUCCUGGGGAUCAUCCGCGGCACCGCGACGAACCACAGCGCCGAGGCCGUCUCCAUCACGCACCCGCACGCCGGGGCGCAGACCUACCUCUUCCAGAAGAUCAUGAGCGACAUCGGGGUCGACCCCCGCGAGGUCGACUACGUCGAGAUGCACGGCACCGGCACCCAGGCCGGCGACGGCAUCGAGAUUCAGUCCGUCACCAACGUGUUCGCUCCCCCCGGACCCCACCAGCGGGGCCCCCGCCACCAGCCCCUGUAUAUCGGCUCCGCCAAGGCCAACAUCGGCCACGGCGAGGCUGUGUCGGGUGUGUCGGCCCUCGUGAAGGUCCUGCUCAUGUUCCAGAAGAACCUCAUCCCGCCCCACUGCGGCAUCAAGGGCGUCAUCAACCAGGGCUUUCCCUCGGAUCUGCAGGCCCGCGGGGUUCAGAUCGCCUCGCGGCUCACCCCGUUCCCCAAGCCCGCCAAGGGGGGAAGACGGCGCAUGGUCUUUGUGAACAACUUCAGCGCCGCCGGCGGCAACUCCGCCAUGCUGGUCGAAGACGCCCCCGAGCGGCCAGUCGUCGCAGUCGACACGAGCAAGGUGGUCUCAACCGCCGUAGUCGCCGUAUCUGCGAAGUCACUGGCCUCGUUCGGCAACAACGCUCGCAGUCUGUUGGCGUGGAUCGAGCAGAACCCUGACGUGCAGCUGGCCGACCUGGCGUACACGACCACCGCCCGUCGCAACCACUACACCUACCGCGUGGUCUUUGCCGUGGACAGCGUGGCCCAGCUCCGGCAGAAACUGCAGACCUACGUGGACCGCAACCCGUCGCCGCGCGCCCUGUCGCUCAGUCGGCCCCCGGCGGUAGCUUUCGUGUUCACCGGCCAAGGGGCGCAGUAUGCGGGCAUGGGCCAGGCCCUGUUCGCGGGAUGCAUCCCCUUCCGGAGCCAGCUGCAGCAGCUGGACGAGCUGGCGACGGCGCAGGGCUUCCCCACGUUUCUAGGCGUCAUCGACGGUAGCCAGGCGGGGGAUCUGGCCGCGCAAUCGCCGGUGGUCACGCAGCUGGCGUCGACGGCGCUGCAGAUGGCGCUGGCGGAUCUCUGGAAGUCGUGGGGGGCCGUCCCCGCGGCGGUGCUCGGCCACUCGCUCGGCGAGUAUGCCGCCCUGUACGUGGCGGGCGUACUGUCGGCGAUGGACGCGCUGUUCCUGGUGGGCCGGCGCGCGCAGCUGCUCGAGGCGGCGUGUGUGGCGCACAGCCACGGCAUGCUCGCGGUGCAGGGCGCCAUUCCGGCCGCGGAGCUGCUGCGUCUCGUCGUCGACAACGACAACGAUGCUGCCAUCGGCGUGGCGUGUCUCAACUCGAAGACGGAGACGGUGCUGGCCGGCCCCGUCGAGGCGAUCGCCCGCGCGAAGGAGACCUUGGCCGCGGCGCGUCCCGAUCUCCGCUGCAUCACACUCAAGGUCCCCUUCGCCUUCCACUCGGCGCAGGUUGAUCCCAUCCUCGACGCGCUCGCCCAAGCGGCCGAGCCCAUCGUCUUCCAUUCGCCCCGCAUCCCCAUCCUAUCCCCCGUGUCGGCGAGUGUGAUCGACCGCGCGGGCAUCGUGGGCCCGGCAUAUCUCACGCGCCACGCGCGCGAGCCCGUCAACUUCGUCGGCGCGCUACACACAGCCGCGACGCAGGGGGUGAUCUCGCCGCAGACAGUGUGGCUGGAACUGGGGCCGCAUCCCAUCUGCUCGAGCAUGGUGCAGAGCGCGCUGGGCCCCGACAGCGUGGUGUGCGCGGCGCUGCAGCGCAAGGAGAGCGGGUGGAAAACCACGGCGACGGCGUUAUCGACGCUCUACCAGACCGGGGUGCCGGUGGACUGGAACGAGGUGCACGCGGGGCUGGAGCAGACCAAGGGUGUGCAGGUGCUGCGCUUGCCCACGUACAGCUUCGACGAGAAGACCUACUGGCUGGACUACACCAACAACUGGACCCUGACCAAGGGCGAACGCCUGCCUGCAUCGUCGGAGACGGUUCCAGCAGCCCCGGAGCCGCAGAGGUUCUCGACCACCUCCAUCCAGCGUAUCGUCUCGGAGACAGUCCGACCCGACGGCGGGGUGGAAGUCGUCGCCGAGGCGGAUCUCCACGAGCCCAAGCUCAAGGCGGUCAUCUCGGGCCAUCGCGUGGGCGGCGCGCCGCUGUGUCCGUCGUCGCUGAACGCGGAUAUGGCGUUCACGCUUGCCAAGUACGCGUUUCAGCUGGGCCAGGCCCCUGAAGGAAGGGUGGAGGCGGAGCCGCACAUGAACAUCUGCAAGAUGGAAUCGUCGGCGCCGUUGAUCCUGGACCUGCAGCGCGCCUCGCAGACGCUGACGAUCCGGGGGGUCUUCGACCCCGUGCACCGCCGGUGCCAGGUCUCGUUCCACACGGGCACGCAGCAGCACGCGCAGUGCGAGGUGCGGUUCGAGGAUGCGGCGCAGUGGGCGGCCGAGUUCCAGCGCCACGCGUUCCUCGUGCAGUCGCGGAUCGACUCUCUGCAGCAGCGCGACCGGCCCGGAACGCACUCACUCUACCGCGGCAUGGCGUACAAGCUCUUCACCGCGCUGGUCGACUACAGCCCCACCUUCCAGGGAAUGGAGCAGGUGGCGCUGGACAGCGCGAAUCUCGAGGCGACGGCGCGCGUGCGCCUGCAGACCACCCCGCAGGACGGGGAGUUCCUGGUCAGUCCGUAUCACACCGACAGCGUGGCGCAUAUCUCGGGCUUCGUGAUGAAUGCCACCGAUGCCAUUGACUCGGCGGCGCAGAUCUACAUCUCGCAUGGCUGGGAGAGUAUGCGCUUCGUGCGGAGGCUCGAGGUCGGUCGCGAGUACCGCUCGUAUGUCAAGAUGUCGCCUGUGAGCGAGGGUAGUAAGAUGGUCUCGGGGGAUGUGUAUGUCCUGGAGGGGCAGGAGAUCAUUGGCGUGGUUGGCGGGCUGCGGUUCCAGUGCGUGCCGCGCAAGUUGAUGCUGACGCUGCUGGGGAUCAAGGGCAGUCCGUCUGGUGGUGCACCUCAGCUGGGUUCUGCGAAGGUGGCUGUUGCUGCUGCUGCUGUCUCUUCAGUUGUACGCAAGGAACCCAGCGCCCCGAUCCAGCGCCGCAGCAGCCCGUCCAAACCAGCACCCCAACUGCCUAGCCUGCCAGCCCCCUCCGCAUCGACUCUCCCCCGCGCGCUGGACAUCAUCGCCGCCGAGGUGGGCUGCGCCGUGUCCGAGCUGGGCGACAACAUCCCCUUCGCGGAUCUGGGCGUCGACUCGCUCAUGUCGCUGUCCAUCACGGCGCGGUUCCGCGAGGAGCUGGAAAUCAACCUGGGGAACUCGAUCUUCCAGGAGCUCAGUACGGUGGGAGAGCUGAAAGCGCACCUGGCCGACUCCAGCACCGCGCCGACCCCGCCGUUGACCGAUUUUCCCUCUGACAAGGAGUCGUCCACCGAAGGGGAGCUGACCAAAGUGCACACGCCGGUGGAAUCCGACGACGAGGCGGGGGUGCUCGUGCUGAGCGACAGCGAAGACGACGACACCCUCAGCCGGACGGGGAUGAUCAUCCGGGCGACGAUCGCCGAGGAGCUCGGGGUCGAGCUCAGCGAGGUCGGGGACACGGUCGACCUCUCGCAGAUGGGGCUGGACUCGCUGAUGAGCCUGGCGAUCCUGGGGUCGCUGCGCGAGAAGACAGGGCUGACCUUCUCUCCGGACUUCCUGAUCGAACACCCGACGGUCGAGGGGAUGCUCGGCGCAUUAGGGCUAUCCCCAUCCCCCGUUGCCAAGCCAGUACCAGAGCCAGCACCAGCCAGCACCAAUCCAACAUCCCCAAAGUCCCUCCCCCCAGCCCCGAUUAUCCUACUAUCCGGCAACCCCAAAACCGCGACCCGCAGGCUCUUCCUCCUCCCCGACGGCUCCGGCGCCGCCUUCUCCUACGCGACGAUCCCAGCCCUCGACGCCACCACCGCCGUCUACGCGAUGAACAGCCCGUUCAUGCGGGACCCGCACAACUUCACCGUCAGCGUCCCCGACGUGACGACCCAGUACCUCCACGCCAUCAAAUCCCGACAACCCUCGGGCCCCUAUCUGCUGGGCGGGUGGUCCGCCGGCGGGGUGAUGGCGUACGAGCUGACGCGCCAGCUGCUGGCGCGGGGCGAGGUCGUCGAGAAGCUCGUCCUCAUCGACAGCCCCUUCCCCGUCGGCCUCGAGGCCCUGCCCCCCGUGUUCCACGAGUUCUGUAAUCGUAUUGGUCUGUUGGGUGAUGGGCAGACGAAAACGCCGGAGUGGUUGCUCCCCCAUUUCCGGGCGACGGUAACUCAACUCACGGCUUAUUCGGAGGAGUUGGCCCGGAAAAUGCCGGUAGAUGUGAGGGGGAUGCCGGCGACGACGGUGAUUUGGGCCCGGGAUGGGGUCGUCAAGAAUUCGGGGGAUCCGGAACCUCAGUGGGAGAAGGGGGUGCGAAUGCCGAACAGUAUGGCGUGGUUGUGUGGGAAUCGGCUUGAUUUGGGGGAGAAUGGGUGGGAGACACUUGUUGGGAGGGGAAAGGUACGGUGUGUGAGUAUGGAGGGGAAUCAUUUCACGAUGAUGAGAGAGCCAUUGGCUGCUGAGGUUGGGAGACUGGUCAAGGAAGCGCUGGAUGUGUAG